AUGAUAACCACAGUACGGAAUCUAGUCCUAAUGCGAUUAUUUGCCUGCGCUUCUGUGCUACUCAGCUGUGCCAAUGCCCGUCCCGAUUUAAGUUUGGGCUAUCGCUACAAUCAAGGACACAGCAGUGGUGGUGGUGCAUUUUUGCAUGCCCCUGGUGUUUCCUCUUCCUCAUCCUCCUACAGCCCUACCGCCUCCGGUAAUUCCUAUUUUGCAUCUCAACCAUCUGUUGGACAAUUUGGAAACUCUGGUGGAUUUGCCCCAUCUUUUGGCAGUUUCGGUGGCGGUAGUGUUGGUGGUGGAUAUAGCGGCAGCGGCGUUGGCUCCUUUGGCAGUUCACAAUAUAAUUCUGGCUCAUCCUUCUCUCAAUCUUCUUCCGUAAAUGUUGAAGAACAACAAGCAUUCCUCGGACAAUUGCAAAAUCAUCAAGCACCCAUUGUGACCAAACAUUUCUAUUUGCACACCGCUCCUGUGGACAAUGAUGAACAACAGGUUGUGCGUUACAUCAACAUUGGUCGUCCUCAGAAGAACUAUCGCGUUGUCUUCAUCGAUUCACCCUCGAACACUAAUAACAAGGCUAAGAUUAUUGCCAAUGUUGCUCCUACCGAAGAGAAGACCGCCAUUUAUGUUCUCUCCAAGAAGAAUAAUGCCUUGGAUGUUAGUGCUGAGGUUGUUACUCCUGCUCCCGUUAACAACAAACCCGAAGUGUUCUUCAUCAAGUACAAGACCCCCGAAGAAGCCAUUCAUGCACAACAUACCAUUCAAGCUCAAUAUGAUGCUCUUGGUGGUAGUUCGGAUGUCAGCAAUGAAGGUCCCAUUCCCGUAUCAUCGGUAAUUGGUAGUUUGGGUGGCAGCAGCAGUGAUGAUGGUUCCAGUGGUGACAAUGGCGCAGUUCAGAUUACCCAUACCGGCAUCAAUACUCAACAAACUUAUUUGCCAGCUAAUCACAAAUAA